UUAAGACAACCUCGAGCAGCUGCAGUUAGUCCUAGAUCAACAAAAACUAAACAUUAUUAGAAUCCUAAUCAGAAGAGUGAACAGAGCUGUAUAAAGAAAUGAGACGUAAAUCGUAUUUUAGAAUCUUUUACCAGUGAUUGAGCCAUGGAGUUGGUUCUUAAGGUCUUGGUAUGUGUAAUGGUGAAAGGAGUGCUCUGUAAGAAGUCUAUAUUGCAUAUUGGAGGCUUUAUUGAGGUGAAUACUACAAACAAGGGUUGGAACAGUGCAGGCAUACAACCAGCCAUUAAUCUGGCUGUCAGGCAGAUUAAUAACAGAAGUGACAUUCUACCAAACCAUACACUUCUAAUACACUGGAGGGAUACUAAGUGUUCAGAUUCUUAUGCUAUCAAAGCGCUGAUCGAGCAGUUGCGAAGACCACCGACAAAAAUGGCCCUAAUAGGUCCCGGAUGUUCAAUCUCAGCGGUGCUUGUGGCAGCUGCGUCUCACUUUUGGAACUUGAUUCAGAUUGGUUUCAGUGCUGGGUCACCGCGCCUUUCGGAGAAAACCCGGUAUCCACUUUUCUUCCGAAUCAAUGCCCCGGAAACGAUUCUUAACAAGGCUGUUGUCUCACUGCUGCGCAGAUUUGGUUGGAAGCGGAUUGCUAUUGUCAAACAAGAUGAGGAUCUCUUCAAUGACGCUCAUGAGGAUCUUCAGACAAUACUGAAAACACAAGGCAUCUCUGUGAUUUCUACAAACAGCUUUGUCGAGGACCCAGAUAAUGUCAUAUCAGAUCUAAAGGAAAGGAAAGCUCGUAUAAUCAUUAGUAUGAUGUACGCAGAUAAAUCCAGGCUCAUCAUGUGUGCGGCCUACCGUCACAAACUGUAUGGUCCUCACGUGCAAUGGCUCUUACCCGGUUGGUACACGAAGGACUGGUGGCGAGUCGUAGAUGUGCCAGGCUGCUCAGCUGAGGACAUUCGAACCGCGGCAGCAAAUUUCCUGGCUGUGGAGGACUUGGUUAUGGACGCUGCAACAAAUCACACACUAAGUGGACUGACCGCAGAGGAGUUUAUGGACAUGUACACUGCAGAGCUUAAACACUAUCCAUACUCCGCCAAUGGGUAUGCUCCGCUAGGAUAUGACGCAGCCUGGGUACUAGCCUUGGCACUGAAUAAGACGAUGACGCACCUGAACAAAAACAACAAGUCUGUUGAUAACUUCUCGUAUGAAGAUGCCGAGUUUGCGCAACUUCUGUCGAGAACGCUUCUUAACAUCUCGACCUAUGGGAUAACUGGAGUUAUAAACUUCAACAGAAACCAAGAAAGACUCAAUAAAAUAUGGAUCGAACAGUUUCAAGGUGACAAAGAAGUGAGAGUUGGUCACUUUGACCCGGAAAAACACGAUCUGAGUAAUGGAGAGCUCACCAUGAUACCUGGACAGAAGUUUAUAUGGCCAGAUGGUAACCCACCAAGAGAUAAGGAUCUUGUGAAUGAGCCGCUAGUAAAGACUAGUCGCAGUUUGUUUUAUGUGUUGAGUUGUGUGGCUAUGCUGGGCUUAAUGUCAUCUCUUGGAUUUCUUUACGUCAAUUGCCACCACAGACAUUACAGUAUCAUCAGACAAUCAUCUCCAAGGCUCAAUAACAUGAUCGUGAUCGGCUGCAUGCUGGCAUAUUGCUGUGUGUUUUUGUUUGGGGCUGAGACGUUUGUCGAGUCACUCGACACACAAACUGUGAUCUGUAAGACAAGAUGGUGGAUUUUUUCUCUUACAUUUAGCCUGGCAUUUGGCACAAUGUUCGUCAAAACAUGGAGGGUUUACAAAAUUUUCACCAACAAGCAUCUUGACAAAGAGGUCAGUCCAUUCCAAGACGAACUCACCGCGGGAUCAGCUUAUCGAAGCGAGGCGAGAUCCAUUUGCUUCCCAACAGAAAACCUGAAGAUCCCAGCCCCAAACGUUACAGCGGAGAAAAUCAUGAGAUAUUUCCUUCACCGCGAUGACAGCCUGAUCACCAGACGAUCCAAACGACAAAUUGGUGAAGAAACUGUACCAAAUAAUACCAUCAAUAAUGUCAUAUACGUCAUCGAUUCCUCCAACUCGAUCCGAGAAGAAAACUUCCAGAAAGGGCUUAGAGCAUUGGUUUACCUGACUGAAAAGGCGAGACCUGAUACACUUUACGCUGUGGUGAAUUUUGCUACGGACGCCACUGUGCUUACGCCAAAAUUCAUCUCUGAGAACGAAACAAUAGCUCUACUGCCGACUGUGAAGCGAAAGGCUGGCCUUACUAAUACCCAGGAGGCUUUGCAGGUGUGCAAAGACAAGCUCUUUGGAAGUGCAUUGUCUGGCUUUGACCCAGCAGGUCCCAAAAAUGUUCUCCUAGUCACGGAUGGCUUAUCUAACAUGGGGAAAGAACUUACAUUAUUCAAGGCCUUCAAUUUAAAAGAUGAUGGAGUUGAGAUAUUCGUGGUGGCUGUUGGGGGUUUUUCUUUCGGUAUGCAAGAAAUUCUUGGCCUUGCUUCGUCUACUGACAGGCAUUUGUAUCGUGUACUGGAUAUGGAAAGUUUCGUUCAAGUCGCAAACCUUAUUCCUUCCUUGCAAUAAAUAUGUAUUUGAGAUUUUCCUUUCACUUGAUCGAUGGCCAUUUUUGUACUAACUGAGAAAUAAAACACAUUCGAGAGUUG